CCUGAGGAAUUAUUGACGCAACAGCAUCAUAACAACGGAAAAAAUCUCAUUGAAUCAUUCGGCGAAAUAACUUGUCAUGUGAAUCCAUUUGCUGAGGUUCACUCCACUCGUGACAGUUUUGUCACUGAUCGUGAUGAAAAUUAUUGCGACACAUCUCGCGACAAUUUUUUCUCAAUUCCGGUUUUGGACUCCAGUUUCGUUGUACUUUGGGUCUUCGUCGAGCUCUCGAUGUCGAUCUCGGAUUUCAAGGGGAUAAUGGGACCCGGUGGUGGAGAUGUGCGAGGAGAGGAGCCUGAGUCCAUGACGAAAAGUGCUUUCGAGAGUCUGGGGGUUGUCAUGGAUAAUGGAAAGCCCAGGUUCAGGCUCAAUGAACCUGUGUUUUCCACUGGGGCCUGCUCCAUGAGGAGUCAGCACUUCAAUCAGGAGGAGGACGAGGAGACUUCCUUCGUCGUCCUGGGGAAGAGCUCCAUGGAUUUUGUUAAUACUGCCUCCCUGGCGGAUUAUGAACAGAUCAAGGAACAGAGUUUGACUGUUGAUACUUCCAUAGUUUCCACUCUGAGUCAAGAAGAAAUCGAGAAGAAAGUCGUGGAACUACUCCAGGAGAAUCAGAAAUUGAAGGACACUCUCUCACAGAACAACAACACCAUGAAAUACCAUUUCAACACGUUGGCGACUUACCAAGAGGAACUGAAAAAAGUCCAUGAGAAUCACAAGCAGAAAUUCGCAGAGACGCGUAACAUGAUUACUCUCUUGAAGAAUGAAAACACAGAAUUGAAGACGAAAUUGACCAUGGAGGCCUCGAUGAUGAGCCCGAGAUUUUCAGGAGAAAUGAUCGGUGAAUCCAUGAGUGCAUCCGACCAGAAGAACAUCGAGUACCCCUCCCUGGCCCCCGCGAAAAGUCCCUCGCCAGGACUGGACAGUAUACCCUCCCAAGCCUCUGCAAAAACCUCAGUGACCCAAGACGUCCAGAGCCUCCCCAGUGAGGCAUCCCUCACUCAGAUAAUCCUCGAGAAGUCUCUGCAGGAUCGCUGCAUGCACUACCAGCAGGAGAUAAUCCACUCCCUGAAGGAGCAAAUAAGGGUCCUCAGUGAGAGCUCCUUCGCCCCCCUGCAACUCAACGUCGAUUCUGAAAAGUCAGACGAGAAAUAUCGCAAGCAGUUCCUGGACAACUUCACCCACUACAACGAGAAACUCGGAACACUGGCGAGAUGUUACACAGAGCAGAUGAGUCGUUUCACUGAUAUCCAGGAGUGCCUGAAGCGCUGCAUCGAGACACUAGACUACUACGAGAACUUCGAGCCCUCUGACCUCACCAUGGACACCAGACUGAAGCACAAACAGCUGUUGGACGACGCCAGAGCCCAGCUGAUCGAGGAACAGCUGAAGAACAUCAACGAGAGGCAGAACCUGAUAAAAGCACAGAAGCUGUUCGAGGGGAUAUUUUCGGAUUACAACGCAGCACUCCACGAGCUUGAGAUCCUUCGAGAGGAGAACUCGAAGCCAGUGGAGCGAAAGGCCUCGCAGGAGCCGGGGAAACUCGAUGUGCUGAGGGAGAGGAAGGGCCUGGAGGAGGCGAAGGAGGUGUUUGAACUCGAGAAGAAGAGUUUCCUCGCUGAGAAGCUGCAGUUCGAGCAGGAGAGGGAGUCCCUCAAUGGCGAGAGGGCUUCACUCAAUUCUCAGAGCAUGCUGUACGAGGCGCAGAUGAGCAGCCUUCGGGAUAACAAUAAAGUGCUGGAGAAACGGCAUGACGAUCUGGUGUCCGAGGUAACCAGGCUCAAGCUGGAGAUCGAGAGGAAGGACGUUGAGCUGGAGGGACUCAGGGCGAGACUGGCCAUCGCUGAGGAUCAUAACGAUGACAUUGAUCAUCUCCGAGCACAAAUGGAGGCGUACAAGCAGGACUUCGAGGAGGAGAAAAAAUCCCGACAGGAUCUGUUGAGUCAGCGACUAGAAUUGUCAGAUCAGCUGGGAAAAAUUCGAGAGUACAAUCAGCAGCUGCUGCAGCGCCUGAACGGCCCGAACCCUGCAACAUCGGGAGCCAGGGGUGGACAACAGGCUAUAUCUCCUGACGGCUUCCUCGUCGAUGCAUUCUGCGAGACGUGUGGUCUGUGUAAAAUGCCAGGGCAGUGGCACGGCCCAGGACUCUGUCAGCCGGAUGAUUAAGUCGUACAACGGCUGUAAUCGAAGUAAUGAUGGAAGAUGUGAUGUAUCCAUAAUAUUUUUGUCAAGCAUUAAAGUUUAUUUUACCAGAGAACUAGUUACGUAUGUAGUUUUAGUCAUGUUCGUUAACUGCAAACAUUAUUGUAAGUAAAAGUAAAUAAAAAUAACAUUUAUUCCUCUA